ACGGUGGGAAAUUACCGUUUAACGGCGGAAUACGGUUUGAGUGUGAAAAUAACCAAUGGAGAGCCCUGGAGGGCGGGGAGGCAGAGGUAACAGCCAAUGAUGGUUUGUUUACGGCCCGGCGCGCUGUGAGUGGCCGCUUCUGACCAAUCUGUAGUCGCCGUUAUUUCGUCCAAUCUCAGAAUACAAUUUGCCAUCACUACCUGUGAGAAAAGAUGGAAGGUACAGAUGGAGAUGAUAUUGGAGCGUCAUUCUUGUCUUCAGAGCAGUACAUGGUAGAGGGUCACAGUGUUCAUAGCCAUCAGCACGAUGAUGAAGAUAAAGAUGAUGUUCCUCACCUUUUGCGUGAACAAGAUCGUUUCCUUCCAAUUGCAAACGUAGCCAGGAUAAUGAAGAAAGGAAUACCAAAAACUGGAAAGCAGAUUGCCAAGGAUGCUCGUGAAUGUGUGCAAGAAUGUGUGAGCGAGUUCAUCAGCUUUGUAACGAGUGAAGCCUCUGACCGAUGUCACCAGGAGAAAAGGAAGACCAUCAAUGGAGAGGACAUACUGUGGGCCAUGAAUGCGCUAGGGUUUGAGAACUACGUGGAGCCUUUAAAAAUUUAUCUUCAAAAAUUCCGUGAGUCAACUAAAGGAGACAAACCCAUGGAAGGAACAUUGGAUGGAGCAUAUGAAGUAGAUUUUACAAACAACAUGGCGACUUUCACAACAGAUCAUGUCAAUCAGUCGGAGAUUGUUUGCACGUAUGGUCCUGCGGGUCAAGUUACUCAGCAGUUUACCUUAGGCUAAAAUAUAUUUUUUUAGAGAGAGAGAGAGUGUGUGUGUGUGCGCGCGCGCAUGUGUGUGUGUACGCACAUGUGAAUGUAUGCCUGUGAGUGAGUGAACGUGUUUGGAAAUGCUAUGGAAAGUAUUCUCGUGAAUAGACAAGAAUAAUAUUUGGAAGGAUAAAAUCUAUCCUUGAUGUAGAUUCUGAUAAAAUGGCAUUAUUUUGUUAAAGCUUGUAUCUUGUGAAUAUGAAAAGGCUUUUAAAGCCUUGUUAUGGAACACACUUGAAACAUGAAUAUGGAUUACAUAUUUGUAGAGAAAAGUUGAGUGCUCAUUUUUUUAUGGUGUGCUAGUUUUGAAAACCUGUACAUGAUUGUUCCUUAAAAUUUUUAAUUAAAAUCUCAGGGACUUUUCUGUACUUACUUUGGCUUUUGAACAUAGCCAAAAACCCUUUCCAAAUUUUGUAAGAUGAGUAUGCAUCUGCUGGGUGAUAUUUGUUGAAUAUUGUACUGUACUGGGAGUUGAAUCGGAUAUUAAUAUGAAGGUUCGGCAAUGUUCAAGUGUAUGUUGGUAUUUUGGUGAAGUGGUGGCGAGUCGUAUUUAUCAUCUUUGAUUGUAUUAUCAAUUCAUUUUGAUUGUAUCAUAAAUUAAGGUUGUGUUAUAAAAAUAAAAAAUUUAUGCAUGCAAAUUAUUUUUCUUUUUUGUAUAUAUUGUGAUAGAAAGCUAAUGCUGUGCAUUUGCAACCAUCAAACAAGCUUUUAUGACUUGAUCUUGCAGGGUUUAAAGAUUUUAUUUAUUGUAUUAACAGAGUUGUCAAGGAUGUAAUGGUAGGGCUGUGCACUGUUGUGGGAUUGUAUUUUGAUUGUAUUUUGUAUAGUAGUGGACGGCGGCUUGAGAAGUCAUCGCCACGUGUUUUAUAAUUAACCCGAAAGCUGACAUUAUUUUUGUUUCUGUUACUUCUACUUUUUCUUGGGCUUUUCACACAUUCAUCGACCAUCCCUUUUUCUAUAGACUGUAUCUUUAUAGAAAUACAGUAAUCUUUCUGAAUUUUUGAGGCAGAUCUGUUUACAGUGAUCCAUUAAACAUUGGCUCGGUGAACGUGUGGGAGGUUGCAUGCGACUCGUUAAUGAUCUUGAAAUUCGAUUUCAGAAAUGUGGAACAAAAUGCUAAACUAGCAGUUAAAAAUUUGUAAAUCAAGCCCUAAAUUUUUUAUUUACAAUUUUACUGAUUUAUGUUCAUGAAUGAAGUCCUAAGUCCAUUGUUUGAGAAAUAUUAAAUUAGUUUAAUAUGGCUAAGAUCAUGGCAGCUUACUGGUUACUUAAGUUGUAUGUUUUGGAUAUUUCUUUUUAUUAAUAAUUAUUGUUCAUUAUAAAUGAAAUAAAAAAACUGCUUCUGAUGCUGCAUCCUCUCAUCACCACUUGUAAUUGUGCAUGUUGAUUGUAUCAAGAUGGGGGCGAGCUAUAAGUUAUUGCCAAAUAAAAAGAUUACGAUCCUUUGAA